UAAAGGUUGAAGAACUGGAAAAGUAGGCCUGCCUUUAACAGCCCCGCAUCAAAAUGGCGAAUGUAACUGUGCCGUGUUUAGAUCUGAAGGAUGGUCACAAAAUACCGAUAGUCGGUUUAGGAACAUGGCAAGGGACAGGAGAGACCGAUGAGGGCGGGAUUGCUACAAAUGUGGAAAACGCUAUUUCUAUUGGUUACCGCCAUAUUGAUACGGCACAGAUGUACUUCGCCGAAGCUGGAGUUGGUAAAGGGAUCCGGGCUGCCAUCGACAAAGGGAUGGUCAGACGCGAGGACCUCUUUGUAACCACCAAGCUUUGGCAGACACAUAGCCGUCGUGAAGAUGUCGUCCGGCACCUAAGGAAAAGCCUUGAUAAGCUACAGCUGGAUUACGUGGAUCUAUUCCUUGUUCACUGGCCAUGCCCUUUAAAGCCGAUGGAGGAAAAUAUGUUUCCUAAAAAUGACAAGGGAGAGGUUAUAUUUGCUGAUGAUAUCGACUAUCUGGAUACGUGGAAAGGAAUGGAAGAGGCACAUGACCUGGGUUUGACAAAGUCAAUUGGCGUAUCGAAUUUCAACAAGAGACAGAUAGAGCGAUUAUUGGCCAAUUGUAAGACGAGACCAGUCAACAACCAGGUUGAAGUGCACCUUUUUUUUCAAAAUCGAGAUCUGGUUAAAUUCUGUCAGGCGGAAGGAAUCAGCGUGACAGGAUACAGGAAUUUGCAGUUCCUUAACGCCAGUCAAUCUCCAGAAGGGCCAAAAACGGAUGUAAUAGAAGCCAUUGCCAACCGACUGGGAAAGACAAUACAACAGGUGGCCUUAAAGUUUCAAAUACAGCGAGCUGUUGCCGUCAUUCCCAAAAGCUCCAAUGGAGAACGCCUUAAGCAAAAUUUAGAGGCAGUAAACAUCCAACUGACGGACGAUGACAUGAAAGCACUGGAGGGCCUGGACACGAACAAGCGGACGUUAGAUUUUGUAUUCAAUGGCUCCAAGUAUUACCCUUUUGCGGACCCUUACUGAAGUGCCACAAGCUAAGAGCAUAACGCAGUCACACUUUUAUCUACAGUUCGGUCGAUCCAUAUGUGAUUAUUUAGCGAUUCACACGAAAGAUAACUUCAGAAACGAUGACUUUUGAAAUGGUUUGUUCUUUUCUACACAGUUUAACGUCACGCAGCACAGAUCUCGUCACAUCGAAGCGAUGGUAUAAUGGGUUGGAUUGCUUAAAUGCUUUUUGAAAGUAGCCUGCAAAUCAGCAUAUCUUUUCUUUUAUUUUAAAUACAACGAGAUAUAAUGACAA